AUGGAGUUAGUGAACCCCAUGAAUGCCCUCCGGGAUGCGUUCAUGUCGAUUCUGCCUAGCGUUCCCUUGAACGUGUAUGACCGGUACCCUUCGUUUCCGAAAUUUAAUAUGUCAAUAAGAAUUAUGAUUUGGAACGUCCAAGGAGCGGGUAGCCAAGCUUUUUUGACUAUGAUUAAGGAGUUGAUUCGUAUUAACAAACCUAAUGUGCUAGCCCUAGUCGAGACCCACAUUAGUGGUGACACUGCUAGAAGAGUCUGUGAGAAAAUUGGAUUCCCUGGGCACGUUCGGGUUGACGCGCAGGGUUUCAGUGGUGGUAUUUGGUUGUUCUGGAAGGAUGAUAUUGUUUCAGUUACCCCAAUGGCAACGAAUAACCAGCAUAUUACUGUAGAGAUCAACAAAAUUGGAGAAACCCCUUGGUUGUUCUCGGCAAUUUAUGCGAGCCCUGAGUCUUCGGUCCGCCAUGACCUAUGGGCGGAAUUGGAGGAAAUUAAAAGAAACUAUUCUGGCCCCUGGCUACUAGGGGGCGAUUUUAAUGAUACAACUUCCAUGUCGGAAAGGAAUGGAGUGGGUGGCUCCGAAAUGCAACGUCGGUGUAGACUAUUUUCUGAGUGGGUGAAUGCUAACGGUUUGAUUGACUUAGGCUUCUCGGGCUCUCCUCAUACUUGGUUCAGGGGGGAGUCUGAGGGUACUUUCAAAUCGGCUCGGUUAGACCGUUUCUUAGCAACGGAUGAUUGGAGGCUGAAGUUCGAGGAGGGUUCGGUCAAACACCUUCCCAAGUGUGGUUCAGACCACUGUCCCAUCAUUUUGAGUACCUGCGGUUUUGCUCCUAUCCCAAGUGCUCUAAGGCCGUUUCGCUUCCAGGCCGCCUGGUUGUCCCAUAAGGAGUUUGACUAA